UGAACGUUCACUGAGAUCAGAAAAAUGGCAGAAAGAACACAUAAUCGAGCCAACCCGAUGGUUAAAGCCACCUAUAUCAGCAAGUUUUUCACUUAUUGGUAAGUUUUGAUAAAUAUUCCGUAGUAUAUUUAUGAUCUUUAAUACUAUAGCGGCUGUUAACCCUGGCUGUGUUGUUUACAAAUGUCCCGUAGCAAUUUAUUAAUAAUCGAAUUAAUUAAUGGCUUCCAAAUGAGCAACAACCGGCUACCGAAAAACCGAACGAAGUCAAUGCUAGCCACUUAUACCCUAUGUUUCCGAUCAGAAUUUCCUCCGUAUAUUUGAUAAUAGAUUCUGCUCGUGAAUUUUCAUCGACUCGGCGCGUGCAGAACGGGUGACAUCGUAUUAUGCAAUCACGUUCAAGGCCCUUAGGCUGUGAAAUCCAGGGUGUCCAGUAUUCCAUGAAAAAGCUAACUAAAAGAUUUUCUGGUCGCCCAGGAGCAAAAGUCAAGUGCCAGGGGCCACCAUGCGCUGCUCAGUGUUCAUUCUAGAAAUUGUGCAAAGUGGGACAGGUGUCCCAUUUGCUUUUAUAAAAAAGUGGGACAUCGGAUUAUUGGGAGGGGACAUUUUGUAAAAUUCACGGACGACUCGGAAUCAACUUUAACACUAUUUUUAUUGCAGGCUUUCUUCAUAUCAAAGCUUAGCUAUCUAUUAUUUUCAUUGACAUAGCAGCAACUUAGCUAUCAUAGAACUCGUCUAAGGAAAGCAUUCUGAACAUCUAUAAAUUAUCUGAGUGAGAUGGUAGGAAAACAUCGUGUCAUUCACUUAAAAGGAUUCUCCGUUUUGCUUUGUUGUUUCACACUCUCAAUGCUCUGUCAAAGUCAAAUUUCCCUCGGUCAUGGAAUUCUUUUUGUUGUGCUUUAAGCAGGUUCUGCAGAACAUUUCCCCCCCUGGUUAUAUUGAAGCCAGGUAUGUUUUGUUUGCUAAUCAGCAAGUGUUUCAGCUUGAGGUUUGGCUCUUGCCUUCUUUGAUCUUGGUUUACCUGAUUCGCUUUGUUCUUGCUGUUCUUUCUUUAACUCUUUAUUGCUGUCUGUGGCUUCGGGAAUAUUUGCUGGCUCAUCAGCUGGUCCAUCAUCGACAUCGUUCAAAGAAGCUGUUGCAUUGUUAAUCAUGAAGUGCAACCUGCUUUGUUUCAAUUUUGUCGCCAUGUUGAAAGCAUGCCGAUUGACUCGUAUCACGAGGUAAUACGUCUAGAUCCCAGGCUCCUUGCGAUAAGAUUUUCUUUUUGAUUUUUGUUAUUUUACAAAAUCGUUCCUUCGCAAAAAAGCAUUAAACUGAUGCACGAAAACAAUUUAUUUGUGUCAGUAGGUUGUAAAAAUGCCCAAAUGGCACAAAAAUGCACUCUAGAAUGAACACUGGCUGUUAGAGUACAGGCUUGAAGGUAUUUCCUUUCAGUAGUAACAGGACAUUGCCCACAGAUGCAAAAGUUAGAAAUAUCACAAUAGUAUCUGCUGCAUUAGCAGUGUCCCUGGCACCUUACUUAGUUUCUUUGCGUUUAUUUUCAUUAAACUCUUCCCAACUGUAAACUUCUGAUUGUAAACUCUGGGCUUAUACAACUCAGGGGCGGAUCCAGGAUUUUUUUUAGAAGGGGGUGCACUCGUCUCUUGCUCUACUUCAACACCAAUAAACCACGUAGUUUUUUUUUUUGCAGAAUACCAGUUGUAGAUCUGCCCCAUCCGCCCCUGCAACUUUGUAAGGGGGGGUGGGGGGGUUGGGGGACUUGGGGGCUUAUGACUGGACUAAAAAUGUUGCAAAACAAGGUACAUAGCAUUCCUGAUCAAAAUACGUUUUGAAUUUGAUUGCUUUUCUAAGCUUCAAAACAUCAUAAAAAGUCAAAUUCAUUUCAGUACAAGCUAGAGGGGGGCUUGUAACUGGAUUACAAGUAGAUGGGCCUACAUACAUACAUACAUGUUUUAUUUAUUUAAAAUCUUAUGCAAUAAAUACUAUAUCAACUAUUUCCAAAUAACUAAAAUUGCAAACAACAAAUAUGGGCCUAUGAAUAAGAGGGGGGGGGGGGGGAGGGGGGUAGAAAAAACUUUCUUUGAUAAAAUUCUAAGAAUAAGUGAAAAGAAGAGGUUUUGCAUACAUGUACAUGUAGUUUGUCUCUUGCUAGGGAAUUUGUUCUUAUGGAGUAUUAUUUGUCCAUUAAUGGUUCAUUACUCUCUAUUACUAGGUGGAUGAAUGAUUUGUUUAAGAAAGGAUAUAAGCAAAACCUUGAGAAUUCUGACAUUUACCAAAUUUUACCUGAAGAAGAGAGUGAACAUUUGGCUGACAGACUGGAAAGGUAAGUUUCAGUUUGAAGUUCAAGAAAGUGAUGGCCAUGCUUUUUUCAAUUUUGCACUAAAAAGGGGCUAUUAAAUUAAAGAGAGGGGACUUAUUCAGGGGCAGGGUGGUUUGUUUGAGUGGUGAACUAUGGUGGAGUAUGGAUAAUUGUUUCAAUUUUAUUUUUGAAACUGCUAUUGAAACCAGUUGAGCAAGGCAUGGGUAAUUGGUAAACUUAACAUGCUAUUAAAAAAGUCUAGAAUUGUUCUGAGAGAAAAAAAACAGCAGAAUGUUUUGUCAAAGUGUCUGGUCAUUGUGCUUGACCUAGCCUGAGUAGCUAGGCAUUGAGAGUAGAAAAAUGUAUGUGGCACACUCAUUGAAGUCUCUUUCUUGUCUGUGCCAUACUUUGUCAUAUGGCAGGCCUGCUUUCCGGCCAGGCUAAUUUGACAGCUCAGACUAAUAUAUAACUGGUCAAAAUGUCAUACAAUGUACUGUAAAGACCUGCUAAUAAGAACCUACAUUUUUGGAAGUCUGGUAAAAUAGGUUCUUGUAUUUUGGGGUACUUAUUGGAAAUUUAGGGUAAGUAGGUUCUUAAUUGUUAUGAAGGAGAUGAUAGAUUGUUGAUUACCAGAAAAAAUAAAUAAACUUUUUAUUUAUUUACAAUUGUAUAAUUAUAACCCUAAGAAAACUGAUUACCAAAUAUAUAUACAGUUUAGUUCAGUAUGUUCUUGUUAUACUUGAAGUUACUAAAACUACUCAAAGGUACACUCCUUUGUUAAUUAAAAUUCUUUAUCGUAAUUUAAGUGUAACGCUCAUAUAAGAACCUGCCUGAUCUUGUUUGGCUAAACAGGUUCUUGUAUUUUUGGGUACACGUAUUAAAGGGGCAAAUUUCUGCCAGGAGGUUCUUAAUCUGCAGUUUCUUAUUAGCAGGUGUUUACUGUAUUUUACUGGACAACUGUCCGAUGGCCGGCAGUCAUUUUCAGCCUUGGUAUAUCCAAGUAUUUAUAUAUUUUACCUAAGAUCUGGAGUUGAAGAAAUGUUUUUUUUUGUAGUUUAUGGAAUGAAGAGUUAAAAGAAGCCAGGAGAAAAAACAGAAGACCAAAGCUAAGAAAUGCAUUCCUUAAAUUCUUAGGAUGGCAGUAUUUUAUAUUGACAGCUUUUCCUUUUAUAGAGGUAACCUACUAGUUGAUAGUCGUAUGAUAAGGGAAGGGGGAGUGCGUUGAAAUUUACGGGGAAAGUUUGGAGAUGGCCUAAUAUUAUGCCUCUACGGUUUAAAUAGGCUAUACACACCUUAUUCUAAAAUGGCAGUACAACUUUUCUUUUACAUUUUAUGUUUAUCAGCCCUCUUUGCCUUGAUCACACCUGCAGAAUUUAAAUAAAAGUUUUCUUAGCAAUGAGGCAUCGAUUGGGGGCCAAUAAGAAGACUAAAUUUAAGGACAAAAAAUAAAUAAAUAAAUAAAUAAAUAAAUGAAUAAAUAAAUAAAUAAAUAUAACUGUAAAACCAAAGGGAAAUAAAAAAUAAGCUAAGAGGCAAAACUUGACACUAAUUUGGAAAGAGGUGUAUUAUUUGGCAAAUUAUUUUAUUUCCCUCGAAAAAUUCUGCCCUCCACAAAAUAAUAAAAAAAAAAACUUGAAAAAAAAAAACACAGAAAGAACAAGCGAGCAAAACAAAGUAAUAGCAAAAACACUGUCAUUAAAUUCCCCACAAUGCUGGAAAUUUUAUGGCCUCAGCCCAGCCAUGAUUUUUUCAAGACAGACAGCCUUACAUGUAAAGUUGCAUUUCAGUGUUGUUAUUUUGUGCACUGAAUUUUAGCUUUGUAAAUUUGUUAAUAGGCUUUACCUUGAUUAAUAUAAGAAACGGAAACUCGCUUGUUGUAAUUUCAACGCUUUCAUCCUCGAAACCGGUACGAAUCGUCAUAAUUUAACUAUCAAAUUCUCGCAUACAUCAACCAAAGCCUAACUCGAAGACAUGCCGAACAAGCCCAUGUAAAACCAGUCACGUGCAAUAUAUAUUUAUCGCGCCAUAAAAGGAAUAACAAAAUGUUCACGAUCAAAACGUCAAUCAAACGAUUCUCACAAUUAAGGUUCAUGUGCAAGUGUCCACAGUUAAAAUCGUGCAAAGAUGAUAAAAAAAUUGGAGCUUACAAAUACAGCUGUUGGUUAAAAAGUUCGCAAAUUCCUUUUUCUCUUGUAGGAAUCAAUGAAAGUCGUUGCCCCUUUGAUUAUCGGCAGAUUGCUCAGUUACUUCACUCCUGUUCCUGGUAUUAGCAAAACGGAGGCCUACAUAAUGGCUCUACUUCUGUCAAUCACUGAUCUUACUCAAGCGGCGAUUCAUGCACCCAAUUUUUUCAAGAAUCAGAGACAUGGCUUACAUCUACGAAUUGCUGCAGGAACAGUUGUAUAUAGGAAGGUUGGUACUUAAUUGAUGUAUGCUAGUAUUGAAUUCUUUGUACGUAUCGUUCCGCGCUCCAAAGGUGUUUUUGUACAUGGUCCUUGCAUACAGUAUAAUCUUUAUGUCGUAUUUAUUCUCUUACCCUAAUAUUUUGUAUAGUGUACUGUACUAAGGAAAAAUUUGUUGAAAGUAAAGGCAUUUUUUUUGGUGGGGGGGAAUGGUGGUCAUUUCCGCCUUCUUCAUGACUGUUGUUGAUUAGGUGGCGAUAUUUUUGCUGGUUGUUCAAAAAGUAUUAGAACUCAAUGUAGAUAUUGACUGACUUCUUUCACUUUAUUUCCUUUUUUAUUUUUAAAUAAUGACUGAGGGUUAGACCGAUAGUAGUUUUUAACACUUUGUUUUCCCUUAUACCUUCAGGUGCUACGACUAAGUCAGUCCGCCUUAUCACAAACAACAACUGGUCAAAUAGUGAACCUUAUGACUAGUGAUGUACAAAAGCUGGAACAGGUUUGUACUAAAAAUAGUGUGCUUGCUUGUAACUGCAGUUUAAACUCUUGAAUCAGCUUUCCAUGAGUGAUAUCCACAUGCCCCAAUAUCGUCCCAAAAAACGCGGCUUUAUCUAUACGGAUACAUUAUUGCUGUUUUGCCUUGCCUCUUCGUAAGAAGGGUCAGAAACAGUUUGUCGAAAAUAGAGUUUCAUGAGAAUGAAGGCUUUUUAAAGCGAUCUCAAAGGUGAAAUCUUUUGAAAACGUAGGUCUACCGUCUUGCUUGUACAUGGCCAAAAACGAAGGUUUAAUGCUGUUUUCUUAGCUACACAUGCACGACUCUGCUUCGCUCACAACUAGGGCGGAUAAAGGUCCUAUUUUCUUUCUGUAAUUUCAGCCUACACUGUGAAAUGAGUAAAUUCAUGUCAUAACAAUAUUGAUAAACAGUUUCAUUUGUUUUAGUCUGUAUGCGUAUAAGCGGAAGAACGCUUCUGGUCUAAGUCAAACUUGUUGGUCGUAUAAUGCCCAUGUUUGAGUUAAAUGUGAAAGUGUUGAAUGCCUCCUCCUGCCGCUAAAUAUGACAUAAUCGUCUUUCGCCGUUUCGUUUGCAAAACCUCAAAAAUAAUCAACCGUAAUUCUGACAUAUGAUAAAGGGAAUAAAUUGUACAUAACAUAACCAAAAAAACUAACUGGAUAUAUUUGGAUAAAGUGGUGUUGUACUACUUCUAACUUUGUCUCUCGGGUGCAGUCGCGCCAUGGCGAUUCACGCAAUGCUUCGCAAAUCUGGCAACGGCAUGUAAACAAAAUUUAUUGAUAGUUAGUUGAAAGGUUUUUUCUCCGUUUGUACGCGGGAUGACGUAGUCAUCAAUUCGUUAGCGCAUUCCUUUCGUUUUUUUCUCGGGAGUUUUUUAACUUUCCCGUAUUCCUUGCCCGUCCCGAAAAAUUGUGUAAUUUUUAUUGGCUGCAACUUCGAAUCACGUGCAAGCUAGGUUGGAUUGCACAAGCACAAAAUAGAUACUGCGUCAGCAAAGGAGGAAAAAGUAAGCUUAGUGCGUAGCGGGGGACAAAGUCAGGGCUGUGCUUUAACUUAAGGCGCCGAGUCACCUGAGGCGAUUAAGACCUGGCCUCGGGCUACUGAAAAUAUUGUCCAUUGUCCAGGUCACCUAGCCGGGCGACUUUCAUCUUACUUACUGUACCCUCUGUCCCUUGUGUCCCCUCUGUCACCUUGUGUACCCUGUGUCACCUUGUGUCCCCUUGUGUGCUCUGUGUCCCUUUGUGUCCCUUGUGUCCCCUUGUGUCCCCUGUGUACCCUGUCUCCUUGUGUCCCCUGUGUCCCCUCGUGUCCCCCUGUGUCUCGUGUCCCCUUGUGUCCCUUGUGUCCCCUGUGUCCCCUUGUGUCCCCUGUGCCACCUUGUGUCCCCUGUCUCCCUUGUGUCCUCUUGUGUCCCCAGUGUUUCCUUGUGUCCUGUGUCCCCUUGUGUUGCCUUGUGUCCCCCUGUGUUCUCUUGUGUCCCUUUGUGUGACUUGUGUCCCCUUGUGUCCCCUGUGUCCCUUAUGUCUCCUGUGUGCCCUUGUGUCACCUGUGUCCCCUGUCUCCCCUUGUGUCCUCUGCGUUUCCUUGUGUCCUCUGUGUCCCCUUGUGUUGCCUUGUGUCCCUGUGUUCCCUUGUGUCCCCUGGUGUUCCCUUGCAUCCCCUUGUGUCCCCUGUGUCCCCUCGCGUUCCCUGUGUCCUCUUGUGUCCCUUGUGUCCCCUGUUUCCCUUGUGUCCUUUGUUUCCCUUGUGUCCCUUGUGUCCCCUGGUGUUCCGUUGUGUCCCCUAUGUUCCCUGUGUCCCCUGUGUUGCCUUGUUUCCCGUGUGUCCUCUUGUGUCCUCUCGUGUUCUGUUGUGUCCCCUCAUGUCCCCUGUGUCCCCUUGUGUCUCCUGUGUCCUCUGUGUCUCUUUGUGUCUCCUGUGUCCCUUUGUGUCCCCUGUGUCCCCUGUGUUCCCUUGUGUCUCCUGUGUCCCUUUGUGUCUCUUGUUUUUCACUGUGUCCCCUGUGUUCCCUUGUGUCCCCUGUGUCCCCUUGUGUUCCCUGUGUCCUCUUGUGUCUCCUUCUGUCCCCUGUGUUCCCUUGUGUCUUCUUGUGUCCCCUUGUGUCCCUUGUGUUCCUUGUGUCCCCUUGGUCCCUUGUGUCCCCUGAGUCUCUUGUUUCCCUUGUGUCCCCUGUGUCCUCUUUUCUGUUUGAAGAAAAAACAAAUAUAUGGCGGCGUUGCCCUUGUUUCUUUUAUGGCGCGAAAACUUUGAUGGGUUUCAUUGCUUUCAUAUGACAAAAUGCGGUUUUUUUUGCACGCUCAGGAGGUCAAAGGAUGUGAUUUUUCAUGAAAAUCAAAACACAAUGUUCUGCUUGACUUAUUUAGAAAAUAAUUUGUGAAAUUUUUAGUAAUGGACUAACAGGUCACUGAUUUAUUAAGUUGGGCGACCAACUUGGAGGCUUGGGCACCUCAGCUAAAAUAUUUAGCAGCCCGAAGGGUUAAUCGAAAAUUUUAUUUGGGCGACCAUCUUUUAGGCCUGGGCAGCCCAGCUAAAAUGGUUGGGAGCCCAAAUCCCAGAAAACUUUCCUUAAAGCACAACCUCGCGCCCUGUAGUUAUUGGAUUUCUGAUACGUUGCGUGCUAUUGUUGAAUGUGGAAGUGCAUUUAUUGAGGAUAUUAGUAAAGGAAUGCAAAUGUUAGCGAACUACUCCGUACUCUUAACAUAUAUGGUGGUAGUAUUGAUGUAAGUUUUGUUUUGCGGAGCAAAGGAACCCUUGUGUGUAACUAAACUAAUCUUCUGGUGUAUUUAACAGAACAUGUCCGUCUCUCCUGCACACAUUUGUUUUCGAUACACUGCUCAACUUUCCAAUACCAUUCAACAUAAUUCUUACUUACACCGACGCAUUCCGCGUAAACGCCUUCGGGCGUCUUCUGGUUCUCACAAAGACACAGCGAAGUAAACAGUAAAAGUAAGGGGCAACUAAUUUUAAAGUUCCGAAGAAACAGAAAGACAUAUAGGAUGUUUUGUGAAAAUAGCAAAUAAGCGUGAUGGUGUCUCAGAUUAAGUAUAAUUAACCUUGCACGAGUUGCACGCAUUUAUAAAGUACCGUACACGUUAUCUAGUUAAUAAAACGCCAUAUGCUGUCUUUUAGUUUUACCAUUGACUAGGUUUUGCUUCGUGUAUUAGACAGUUUUUAGUUGUUGUUGUUUUUUUGAAGAAUGUCGACAGUGGCGAGUAGUAGAACGAAAAUGUAAUUGGUAGUCAUGUAAGUAACCAGAGAAACCAUUUAAAGAGAUCUUUGUCUACUUCAAUUAACUAAACCUCCCGCAAAAAAUAGCAACAUUUGCCCCUCCGAGACAAUGUACUUUUAGUUUGAGUGGUAUGAAGCUCAAUCCCAAAAAGGCUUGAAAACUCUUCGUUCUCCCUAUUUUUCUUCGAUUAUUGAAGAGUUGGAAAACUCAUAUCUCAUUUCCCUGUUAUUCCCAACUUGGCGUCACUUUGAUCUGUAGCUCAUAAUUUGAUCCCAGUCCACUGCAUCACACCUUUUUUGCUCGAAAGCGCUUGUUUCAUCGCCCAACCUUUAUCCGCCCUGGGGCCUGACUCUUGAAAGGCCAGGAAUCUUUUCGGGCAGGAAGGCAAAUUUUAAUAUCAAAUCCUGUUGAAUUGUAGCACAGUUCCUAGCUCACAGACCAGUCCAGUCAAUUUUGCUUCAUUAACUGAUAGUUUCAUUGUAUAAUUUUCAGAAUUAUUAAAACUUUGAUCUUGAAUGCAAACACGCGUACGGCAAACAUAAAUCAGCUUUCCGGGCCCGAAAUGUUACCGUGACUUUCGAGAAACGGGCCCCUGGUCACAACAUAGCAACAGUGCAGGAAAUUAAAAAGUAACUUGUCUGAGAGGAGCCUGGGAGCGAAAGCGUAUCAUUAGAGGUGUAUGCGUUUUCAAUGGCUAACGUUGGUGGUUUACCAUUUACAAAACGUUUUGGGAAAUUUUCGGUUAGAGAGUAAAUAAACACUUAAUUCUGGGUCGUUCCAGUGACAAAUUUCUGGGAGUAGCGGAGUAACGUCUGGAAAGGUAGUCUUGUUUUCCCGGUGCGAAUGCUUCAAGUGGAAAUUCGUAUUCCAUGAGUUCAGAACCACUUUUAAUAGCAGUUUCAGGCUUUUGCGGCUAUCUCUGCGGUAAGUGGGAUUGAUUUGUACAAGAGGUAAAGCUGAUUCUUUGUUUAUUAUUUGUCCAGAUCGUGAACAGAUCGGUUUGCCCAUUUAAAUGGUAAAGAAACAAAUUGUGGACACAGAGGUCUUAAUCGUUUUUCAAUUUGGUGACACGAAAAUCGAGGUUUUCGACAACACCUUUGUGUGGACAUGUCCUCAAUCAAUUGCUUAAUGACCCUUCCGACCGAUAAUGUUCACACCUACCUCGUAGGUCCUUCCUAAGAAUACUCAUAUUAUAUUUUCUCUUGUUCUAAUUUUUUAAGACAACAGUGUUUGCACAUUACAUCUGGAUAGCUCCUUUGGCAGUAUGCGUUGUAGCAUUCUUUUGCUGGCAAGAGGUUGGGCUUGCUGUUCUGCCUGGUGUUUUUCUAUUCCUUUGUCUUGUACCGUUCCAGUGGUGGAUUGGAAGAUUCUUUGUCCGUUUGAGGUACUGUUUGACCAGUGCUACCACAUGAAACUAUAAUAUUACAGUAAACAAUCUACAAGGAAAGUCCCGCAAGGGUGUUUGCGAUAGUUUAAAAGUGUUUUCGAUGUUGUGGUGAUGAUCAAAUUUCAGUGUGGUAUUGCAGUAAUUUAUUCCUGAAUUUCCCACCGCGUGGGAUCAGGUAUUUUUGUGUUUGGAACGAUAGACUUUGCGGCAUUUAAGUGUGCGCUGCUCUGUACGCUGCUCGUCGUAUGGUGCUCUUAUGUUUUUCAUUUUGUCAUGAAUUAAGCUUGAUUCAAAGAAACAAGGUUUAAAAAAAUACCGUAAAAUUCCGAAAAUAAGCCUCUGGGCUUAUAUUUUUCAAAGGCCCUUUUUGAGGGGUUAUUUUUGGAGGGGUUUACAUUCGGAGGGGCCUAUCUAUGGGGAGAAAUUUGCACUUCAAAAUCGAUUGGGCUAGCCUUAUAGUUGGAAGAAAAUUUACCGUUUUUGCUUUGUUUUACUUUGUGUUUGAGGGCAGUUUCCUAGUACAAGCUCCCGGGGGGCUUAUAUUUGGAGAGGCGAUUUAACGGAGGGUUUUUUGCCUUACGAGUUUGAGGGGCUUAUUUUCGGAAUUUUACGGUAUUCGUACUUUUCUAAUGCUCUUGGAUUUUCAAUGAGAUGCGACCACUAAGAAUGUAUGUUUCCUGAGAGGUCCGUCGUGGUGAUAGACGGAAACGGAAAACGAAAGCGUAAGUUAAAUUUUUGAGUUUAGAGGUGAGAAGUUAUUGAAAGGCGCAGUAAACUUGAAUUAAAAGAGCUUAUCGCUGGGAUGACGUUUUACAGCAGAAGAUUUUAAGCAAAAAAAUUAGACUACGAACAAACUUAAUCUUAGAAAAAAAUUGAUCAUAAAAACACUGAAACUGGGUAAGCUUUAGGGGAGAGUGAAUUAAUUUUUUUCAGAUCCAAAAUUGCAGCCCUUACAGAUGAACGCAUCAAGGUGAUGAAUGAAAUAAUCUCUGGAAUGAGAGUCAUCAAGAUGUACACCUGGGAAAAACCUUUUGCUAAGCUGGUAGCCAAUCUUAGAAGGUUUGCUCCCAUUAUUUUACCCGAGCUUAUUAUUAAUUCAUGAAGACGACACAAUAGAUAAGAGAAGUGUGACGUCACAAAAUUCAAAUUUGUAAAAUUAUGGUAUUGGAAGGCAUAUUCAGAGCAAAAAGGAUGAAAGAAGCCCCCUUGCAAAAGAAUCAGCCUUUUAUUGCAAAUUGGCGGGGAGAUAAACGCACCUUUAAUGCUCUGAUGACUCCGCACAAAUCCUUCGAAAAUUGGCUUGGAUCGAAACGUUUACGAUCCAGCCCUAUUUUAGACGAAUUUAUAUGGAGUCAUUGGAGCAUAACAUUGCUUAUAUCUCCCCGCCAAUUUGCACUGACGGGCUUUUUUUUGGCAAGUGAACAUUUUCGUCUUGUUCUUUCUUGAUAUGCCAACCUAUCCCAUAAUAUCACAACUUUAGUUUUUGUGACGUCAUCACUUUUCUUCUCUAGUAAGGCAAAGACAAAACAUUUUCAACUGCCUGUUUGAAUUGUACCCCCUCAUUCUAGACACCAACUUCACGUAGCUAUAAUUAACGAACAGUCCCUAGCAUACAAAAGUGUUUGCAUGUCAUUCACUAUCACACACACAUUCCAAUGUUCUUAUGGUGUGCGAAGGACAUUUAGGCAUAUUGUGGUUACAUACAUAUUUCUAUGUCUAGAGCCUUUUCAGGAGUAUUCAACCAGCUCAACUUGCUCAAAUAGCCAUCAUGUACAAUGUAGUUGAACAUUCCAAAUUAGAAAUACAAGCAGCUUUUAACUGUAGUAUGGUUUCCUUUCCAGACAGGAGAUCAAUCAGACAAAGUGGUACGCAUUUUUCCGGGCCAUCAAUGGUGCAUUCUAUAUUUCCGCCCUGGCAGUAAUAAGCUUUGUUGUUUUCACCACAUAUGUGAUGACGGAGCACACAAUAACCCCUGAGAGGGUAUUUGUUGUUCUGGGUCUGUUCCUGUCAGUGAGAGUGUGCUUCACGUUAUUCUUCUCUUUGGGCAUAAUGAACGUAAGGGAAGCAUCAGUGACAGAGAAGCGAAUACAGGUAAAGUUGUUCGAGAUUUAGAGCUGAUUGCGCGCGAGGCUGAUAACUUGUUGUGUGGAAGUGUACACUGGGAUUGUUUUGGGGAUGGAUUUUGCCUGCGCAACCUCGUAAUAGGUCAUCAUGCAAUUGUCUUAUAGCCAAUGAAAGACGUGAUAGCGUCCCUAAACUCCCAUAGUUGAUUUCGACUCAGUACUGACCAUGUCUCACGUGUGACAUCAAAAUGGAUGAUAUGCCUCCUAAAGUAACAUCGCAGAAUAUUAGCGUCCGAAGCUUCGUAGUAAAUGUUGAACACAGUAUUAGGGGAGCUCGGAUCUUUACGGAAAUUUAUGCCAGUUGUACAUGUGGUCUAUUUUAAAUAAAGUUAAUUGGCGUGGUGAGAGAAAUUAGUUUGUUUUGACUUACUAGUUGAAGCUCCAUUACCAUUUUUCACUUGAAAAUUGUUAAAAGGAAUUCUCCUCGAGGCGCAGCUGAGUUAACUUGCGCCACAGAAAAUAUUAACUUCUGGCUAAGACCGUCUUCGAAACAGCACCGAAAUCCUUGUUCUGGAUCCCCCAGCAUGCACCAUGAUUGGCCUGUUAAAAAGCCAUCGUCAAUUUGUUAGUCAGGUUGAAGGGAAAUUGGAAGCGCAUUUCCGGUAAUACAUUAGGUCCUUUGCGGGCCCAAGUACAAGGAUAUGGGCGCUCACUCCACUGCGCAGACGUUACUAACCGGGGUUAGAUUACGUCUGCGACGCAGGCUAAAGGUGGUGUUGCACGGGACAAUUCGCAACGAUGGUUUUUAGCGCAACACAGCGUUGCAAUGUUGGAAAAAUGCUGUAACUAUUCGAAACAACGUCGCAACAAUGUUGUAACGCUGUUUUGCGCUAAAAAUCGUCGUUGCGAAUCGUCAUCACCUUAAUCCGAAUUUCCUCCAUAUAAAAAGCCCUCCUUGUAUCAAUCUCGUCCAAAUAAAUGCCUUCAAAAUGUUUUUAUAUACAUAUUUUAUCUUUAUUCGGGAAACUCAAAACGAAUAUCCUGAAUCGAUGGAAAUCAAUAUCUAUGUAUACAUAGACUGCAUAUUGAUAAUCUAUUGCUAAUUAUGUUUUAGAAAUUCUUAGAGCUUGAAGAUCGAGAUCCAAAUAUGUGUGUCCAAGAAAGUAAAAGUGAAGCUGAUGUUCCAGUUGUAGUGCUGAAUAAUAUUACUGCUUACUGGGAUAAGGUAACAAUUCAGCAUAACGUUUUUGAAUAUAAACCAUACUAUUAUUUUAAGCAAAAGGCAUACAGCGUUAUGCUAAUCAAAAAUCAGUCAGCCUAUCAACAAGUUUUCUGCUGCUCAGAUUACACCACAUAAAGAAAGAGUAGAUGUUAAGUAGUGGAUAGGAGAUGUCUUUGUAGGCCCCGUUUUAAAGACCUUUAUUCCUGCUGUUAUAACAUCCCCCUUCUCUUCGCUCAUAAGCUCUCUUGUUUAGUUAACCAUUGAAUGAGCAUCUAGCAUAUUAUACCUUUAACCUAUGACGAACAAUUACUGGCAGGUGCAUGAAACAUUUAAGCAUUUUCUUGUAACUGAGUACAUUUUUGUCAUCUGUUUCAGUCGUUAAACCCCACCUUGAAGGACAUCACCUUUGAAGCCAAAUCGGUACGUAUUUCUGUUGAAUCUAAAAAAAUGUUGUAGUUACGUAACGUUUUCGUCAAGUAUGAGUGACCGUCGUCAAAACUGAUGGUUGUUUUCCGUUGUAAAUUUUAUUGGAAAUAUUAUGGGUUUGCCCAUAUUUCCCUGGUUCUCGUGGUUUCCCUUUGACCUUUUGUUCCCCUAGUCAUGGAAGCUGAGCGUAUGUUUGGUCAUAGCGAUGGCUGAGAGAUGAACAAUGACUAAAGAAUGAAAAGUUAGGUUAGAGUUCAUUGCUCCCGUGAAGACAUUUACCAUCACCUUAAAUGACCGCAAUAAGACAAUGUUGUUUUUCUUUGAAAGGUUACUUAUCGGUUGGUUGCUAGUGAAGGUUGGUCGUCCUAUCCGUCACGGAAUAAAAACAGUAGCAGGUCAUAGGUUUCAUCGCCAAACAGUGAAAAAUCUUGAAAAUCUGUGAAACCUAAGCUGGCUUAUUCUAAGAGCGAGGCUGCACUCGUGUUUUUUUUCCUCAUUGUCUUUUGCCAUUUGGGUUUUCAAAUGGUCCUGGGACUUUUUAGAGACUUAAAGAAAGCACAGUUAUGGGCCCUGUUAGGUGAGGGAAAUCAGUUAGUACCAUCUUUUUGAUACCCCGCAGAAGAAUUUUUUUUGAAGAAUUGUUUCUUGCAGACGCUUGAAAGCGUUUGCAAUAAGGUCAAAAAGAUAUCUAGUUAACAACAACAACAACAACUUUAUUACACAUUAACGCCUGCGUCGCAAGUGGAGGUUGGGUGCCCAUGGGCCAGGGGGCUGCAACCGCAAUACACCCCAAGGCGGAAGAACACCCACAGGUCUACCAACCCGCAACCCAGCCACGAGCCCCCCCGCGCCCAGCCCCCCACUAUAGCACCCGUCACACUGAGGCCAGAAGCCCAGUGGAAGUAAAAUGAACCAACCCCUGAAAAAAUAAAUAACUAAAUAAAUAAGAAAGAAAGCGGAGGGAGGGAGGGGAACCAAGAGAAACGCUACGCUACUGGAACGCCACGCCACGCCACGCUAACAAAGCUUCGAGUACAACGCAAACACAACGUAGGCACGUGGCCUCCGCAUGCGCCAAAGCGACAUACCGCUGGACAGGAAUCUGCCCUCCAGCUCACGAACAAUGGUAAACACUACAAACGCAAACAUAGUCACGCACAACGCUACAGAUGACCAACGCGCUACCAAAGAAUGCCAAAAACACCCGGGACCAUAGCUCCUGGUCGUUAACUACAUUAAUAUAAUUUAAUAGUAUUUAAACAGUUUACAAAUCGUAAAUUAAAGUGAACUAAAGAGGAAAAAGGAAAUUUUUCACGCAACCGGCAGUUAGCUUAAACUAAUUGAGGCGUGAGGUGAAGAGGACAAGAAAGAAAAUAUUAAAAAAAAGAAGUAAUAAUUAUAAUUUUACUAAGAGAACGAAAACUAGAUACCCUACACUGCGUAAUUAUUUGCUAAAAAUAGUUAAAUCUAUUAAAUACGUUACAUCUAUUUUGAAGAGCUUGGACGUUGUAUUUGAACGAAAGUAUCGACUUCAGCAUAGUCGUCCCUAUCCAAAAAUGCAUGGAAUAAAAAUCCACGAAUUUUUCUUUUUCAAACGAAUUUAAAAGUAUCCCUCCAUUUGGAAGGAAUUAGGUUCCAUACUUUUGCUCCAGGUAUUGAGAAUGAGCGCUUUCAUCUUUGCCUCUUUCUGAUAUUAAUUGCCUUUAGUAGCAUGCUUUGUAUUGUAUUUGUGAAUUUCAUCUGACCAGUUGACCAUUGUUUCAGUGAUGUGAGUUUACACUGUAUUAGAGUCAUCCGGUAUAUACAUGUAUAGCACGAAUUUAUACGAACAAUGCAUGAGUCAAUAUAAUAAUAGACUUGUGUAUUGAUGAUUAGUAUGUUUUCUUUUUUUGUUAGGGAGAACUCCACAUUGUUGUUGGGCCAGUGGGAGCGGGAAAGGUAAUGAACGUUUUAGCUGUACUAGUUAAUGUGUGUAGAAGCACUGUAGGCUACAAAUUGUAAAUUGUUUACCCACAGAGCACUUAGGGGUUCUUAAGAACUCGUUGAAACGUGUUCGUGCCUUCCAGAUCAAAAUGGAAUUUGGAAGCGUUUUUCUUUUUAAGGAGAAGGGAAAACCAAAGUACCUAGAGAGAAACCUCUCUGAGCAAGGGAGACAAGCAACAACAAACUCAACUAUUUUAUUCAAACUCGGGCCACAUUGGUGGCUGCGCCACCCUUGCUUUCAUUAUUAGACGUUUAACGAGGCAAAAUGUUGACUUUAAACGUUUAUACCAAGUUUUCAAGCUCACUAUAUAUGGCGCUCUUGUAAUAGCUUUCAUUGAACAAGAACUCUAGGAAGAAGAGUGCUAGUGCAUUACGUUGGUAAAGAUUCGGUGACGAUUCGAACAAGCCACUUUCUGGCUGAACUUUGAUGGUUUUAGACAAAAUGAUUUGGCCACAAAAUUACAAAACACUUUAAUACUAGACAAGUUUAUCUUUGAUCUUCAGACCUCAUUGUUGAUGACCAUGCUCGGUGAACUGGCAAUUUCUGAUGGUCAGAGGCAGGUUCGUGGUAAAGUGGGCUAUUCGUCCCAGCAACCUUGGAUUUUUUCAGGAACAGUCAAAGAGAAUAUUGUGUUUGGUCAAGAAUUUAACAAAGUUCGGUAUCAGCAAGUCAUCAACGCCUGUGCUCUUAAAAAGGUUUGUCUCCUCCUUAAAAAUUACAAAGCUCGUCACUUGCACAUCUUCCAAAAUGCACCUUGUUUGCUCCCCAAAAUUUUGCUCAAGUGUUGUUUUCAGUUCCUUUUGAGAUGGCUGUAAUACCGAGGAGAAAUGGAAAACAAAGGUUAUACAAAAUUUUUGGGGUCAAACAAGGUGUAUUAUGGGAGAUGUGCAAAUGGCGACUUAUUAAUGUUCACCAGGGCGAGAAUGAAGCUGGCUCCUCUUUGCGAUAUUCAUUUUCUUCUACUGUUGCCACUCAUUCUAUUUUUUUGUUUUACUGUGUUCUGUCUAACUUAACACUUUAAGUAGUUCAGAGUCGGUUUGUUUAAUGCUGGGUUAAGGUAACCCAAGGUUAGAGCCAAAUUUUAAUUCAAAUGUGAAAUAGUUUUUUUUGUCAACAAUUUGAUGACUCGGUGCUCUCAAAAGAGUGGAUAAACUUAUUUAAGAAAAAAAAAUACACUUUUGAACGAAUAAGGCCCGCGUUAAAAUCUAACCCCGUAGUAGCGCCAAUCGACUUUCCAACAGCUGGGCCCAGAGUUGCCUAUACGACCUAAAUAUAUCCUGUCCACUUCCAUGACCGCCGUAUUGUAUUUUGCAAUGUUUACAUUUCAUCGUUGAACUUUUGCUGAUUAUAUUCCUUUUCUCACAUUUUCUUGCCGUGGGAUUUCACAGACCCUUUUAGACUCCUUCUAUAAUUAGCGUGUCGUUUUUAAAUUUGAUAAUAUUUAUUAGAUUUAAAUGCGGCUAAUUGGCUCUACAUUGCCACAACCUUAGCCAGCAAGGUUUUGUUCUUCCUAUGUAUUAGUAAAAGACCUGCAUUUAAACGUCUCCUCUAACUUGUGUUACAGGACUUGAAACUUUUUCACAGUGGUGAUUCCACUCUGGUAGGAGAAAGAGGUGUGGUGCUAAGUGGUGGACAGAAGGCACGCAUUAGUUUAGCAAGGUCCGUAUGGCAUUGUGUUUUCUUUGUAUGUAAUUACGUCUUACCUGUAAAUUAUCCGUUCCCAACAACUGUGGCUCUACCUGCUUUGUCUCUUUGUCUAUUUGUCUCUUAUCUGCGCAAUUGCAUAUGAAGCUGUUUUAGCUGGCUUAGUGACCCUUGACUGUGGGUUGUUGAAUUUUGUUUAUCUCUAAAGUAAAUAGAAAUCAAUUGUCAUUUUGACACAGUCACGCUGCUCAGUCAUGUAGGCUUACUGUUACUGGAUGGGAAGAGAAAUAGAGGUUUGGGGGGACACUCAUUGGGUUCGUGAACCGCAACCCCUUAUUUUGUGUUGGGUUGCCCGUUUCUCUUUUUUUUAAGGUUCCUGUGGUUACAGUAGCCAGGACGUUUUGACAUUCCAAACAUUCCGAUGGUUACUUAAAUGGCGCCCCAGAUGUUUUUUGGAGGGGCUUGUGUCCAUUGCGCACCCUCAGCCUUUGCAGCCAAUUCUCGUGGUUGCGUCGCGUGCGUUUUUCUUUCUUUGCGUAGAUGUUUAUUCCUUCGUUACGUAGCUUUUUUUUUCAGGAAUUUUUCAUCGCAAAAACGUUUUCCUUUCGUUGCAGAGCUGCGAACGUAAGUAAGUAAGGCAAAGAAAUGCUUUGGGAACCAGUUAGAACUGAAAACGUUUUGGCGAAGACGAAGAGUUUGAAAGGAAGUGACAAGAAAUUCCCGAGAAUUGAGGCGAUACUUACUUUCACUAUAUGCAAAUGAGGACUAAAUGAAAAUGUAAUGACCACGUUAUAGGCGUGCGAUUUAUUUGGACGGAUGACUUUAAUGGGCCAUUAUUUUAAUCGCUUCUUGGUCUAGUGAUCGCGUCCGCAGGCAGCUUGAACAUGAAUAAUAGUAAAAUUUUCCUGGAUCUGGUUUAUUUCGCUUUACAGAGCUGUUUACUACGAUGCAGACAUAUAUCUCUUGGAUGAUCCCUUGAGUGCUGUUGACACCCAUGUUGGACGGAAACUCUUUGACAAGUUAGUCGAGGCUUUUUUCAAAUCUUUGGAAGAGUCUGGGCGAGUCCUAUCCUUUUUGCUCUCAUUAGCAUUCGAGUUAACCCAUAAUUUUAAGCCGUGGCUGUAUAUACACAUUGUGUUGAAAAAUUGAAACAGUCGUGUGAGCUGCUUGAUGUGAGCAGUUGGUUUAAUUUUCAGCUCUUUGCAGUUAAUAGCAAAACAAAUAGAAGCAAUCAAAAACUGCAAAAUUGCUGGGUGGCAAAAACGUUAAUGAGCCCAUACAUUCUUUGUAAAGUUUUUGGUGUUUCAAAGAGAAUUUCUACGAAACUAUUCGGUAUAUCGGGCUCAAAUUUUCAGACUGAGAUAACUUCAGGGUAGUCAAAAGUAGCCGGCUGCCCGCGAAAAUCGCCGCCUACUUUGUUAGUAUCGGUCGUCUACUCUGCUUCCUAGACAGGCCGCUGACUUUGACAACUCAGCCGUAACUGAAAACUGAAAUAACUGAAAUUGUGAUGCUCUUUCAAUAUUCAGAGACUUUGUUUUAUUAUAGCUUCAUCAGAUAAUAAUAAGCAUCUGUUAAUAAGGCAAAAAAUGUGAACAGGAAUUCGCCUAUAGUCCCUGCUUUUUGAAACCCUCAAUUCUUCCAACCAGCAAAUCAUUCAAACCAGAACGUCAAAUCUGUCAUUCUACCCCGAAAUUCUUUAGCCCAGCUUCUGUGUGGCCAGGACAAAGGUUCAAAUAUGGGAAUUUUAUCUGUACAUUGUUGUACUUUUGCUUUUUGUAUGGUGCAAAUGACCAAUCUAUGUAUUGAAGUAUGUGAUAGCUUCAUAUGCUUUGCUUAAAGUGAUAUAUGUAAAUAGUGCUCGUUUAUUACGCUCUGAUAAUACUAUCCUUUUGUUGCAGGUGCAUAUCAGAAUUUCUUGAACAUAAAAUCUGUAUUUUAGUAACUCAUCAAGUGCAAUACCUUAAGGAUGCAACAUCGAUCUUUUGUCUGCAAGAGGUUAGCAUAAAUCAGUAAGCUAAAACUAACUAUAAGAUAACCCCAAAAUCGUGUUCUCAUUUACGUAGACGGGUGCCGCUUCGGCUGUAAUGGGUAACUGUGUGUUUGCCUUUAUACGGAACGAUUUCCUAUGGAGGUUUUUUUUUACUCGUGAAUCGUAUCGUCGCACGUAUGUAUUAUUUACAAGACUCGAAAUCCUGUUGACUGACAAAUAACGCAUUGAGGUGACAGACUUACCCCCAAGAGGUGCUCGUAGUCAAGGGAAUUCUACGCACAGACAACGUAGAAAACGGAAAAAACUAGGGCCUUCGCUGCAGCGACUCCUUUCUCCUUCUUUCUUUGUACGGCAUGACGUGUUAGGAAACGAGCGAAUUAGAUUGUACGCGGAAGAGCUCAGAAGAAAAUUGAGCAAUAAAAGGAGGGAAAAUGAUGAAGAAGGGCAAAAUUCGUCAAAAAACAUACAGCCAUAUCAAUUUUUUGACUUCGUAGCUUGUAUUUUCCAUCGUCCGCUGGGAAAGUAUCCGAGUAUAGCAUCUGUCAAACCAUCAUGAAAGGUAUAUACCUUAUUCAGGAUACGUCGAUACGAUUCCGGAUUUUUUUGAAAUCGCAUACUUUUUUUACACAGAUCGGCCUUAUGUCCACACGAAACCAAUCAAUCCGGUCACCGAAACCGCAUUGUUUUCAAACCGCUCUCCAGAGAAGGUUUAAGGUGCUGUCCACACGAAUCCGGAUAAAAAAUAUCGUAAAAUUCCGAAAAUAAGCUCCUCCUUGUAUAAGCCCCUCCAAAUAUAAGCCCCCCAAACCGGUAACGCAAAAAACCCUCCGUUAAAUCGCCCCUCCAAAUAUAAGCCCCUCUAAAAGGCCCUUUGAAAAAUAUAAGCCCCAGGGCUUAUUUUCGGAAUUUUACGGUAUGCGGUUUCAAAAAUGUCCUGAUUCGUUUGGACAUGGCCUCAGUGAAGGUUGCUUUUGGCAUGGGGAAUGGCGCAUUGGGAAGCUAUUUUUGGUGGUCCCUCAAGCACAUCAUUGCAAUGAGUUCCGUAUGCCCAAAUGUCCAAUGUCCAAUGAUCAUCUGUUUUGAUUUAGCUGUAUUUAGUUUUUCCUCGUUUUUGUGCUGUUGAUGUUUGCUGAUAUCUAUUGUUUUCUUCAGGGUUGUUGUGUUGGAGAAGGUACUAUGUCAAAUUUGUCAAAAUCUGGUCUUGAUGUGCAAUCACUUGUCUCCAUACCUGGUGAGACGGAUACGGAGAGUGUCAUUGCGGCGGAUGAUGUUCACGUGGAGGAGAAGAUUCAAGACACUAAAUCUACGGUAAAACGGGCAACAAAAACGUGCAACUUGUUUUGCAACAUUUCUGCAAAACGAGUUGAAAAGUAAUGUUGCGCGUUCAACCACCCACGUUCAAAUCUGUCUUGCAUCAGAUCAGGUUGUCGCAAGUUGCAUGAAUACUGACCUCUGAUUGGAUAAAAUUACGCCGGAGUCACGCCAUACAUAAGAGCGUCACUUGUUACAAAACAAGUUUGUCUUGGGAAAGUGAAACAUGUGCGGAUUUUGUUGCAAGAGUACAACGUACAACUUUCUACUUUCUGCAACAACUUUUCGCAACCUGCAACAACCUGAUCUACGGUGGGAAUCGAACUAACGCUGUUCAGAUAAGACAUCGUUGCUCUUUACAUUUUACUUGCCCAAACCAUCACGAGGGCAUGAAAAAAGAAAAAAAAACAACAAGCGCGGACACUAAUGCGUCUCCCAAGGAGACGGGGGCCGCUAUUUCUACGUGGUCAUCCGAGCAUUGAGCGAAGGUCUAACCGUUUGCAGGGCAAAGGCAGUACUUUCUUCCAUUAGUCUGACCCGGGGAUUGAACCCGUGACCUCUCGCUCUGACGUCCAGCGCUCUGUGAUAGCAAACGUCACAAACAACGAAAAUGAAUUUUGAGAAACGGUUAGGCUAACAAGUUUUCAAAACCCACCACCGCAAUCCGUUUUAUCAUCUUUAACUUUGUCCGUCCAUGUCUUCUUCAGUAUAUGCUGCGAUAUUUACAUGCGCCUUCUUUUAAUGUUUUGAGCGGGUAUUUUUUUGUUUCAUAGAAUUUAGUGGCAGUUCCUUCUGUUUGAAUUUUGAUAAACUUUGUGACAUAGCCCCUUUAAACCUGCGCUAAAUAUUUGAUCUGAUAAAUAUUUCACAUAAGCGCGUCCAUUGAAAGUUCCUUACUGUACGAAUUUUCGUGUAGGAAACAGCCAAGAAGCAAAAUGUUACUACAAAAGAAGAUCGCUACACAGGGACAGUGACGUGGAGGGUGUACGUUAAUUUCUGGUUGACAGGAGGUGGCGCUUUUCUGACGUUGCUGUUGCUGAUAGUUUUCCUUGCUUCACAGGUGCGAGUUUAGCAGUCUUUUUAUUUUUUCCAGUUUGUAAGAUCUAACUACCGUCAGAAGAAAAAAAACGUUAUUUUUUGGGUGUAUUUUGCUUGAAUGUGUGUCUUUUUCGACGGAAGAGAUGGAGAAAGAUCCUCCGUCUGUUAUAGUCCUCUGACUGGUCCCUAUAGGGUAGAUACCUGAUGACGUCACAAAAUUUGAGAAAUUGUUAGGUUGGGUGGCUUAAUAAAAAAAAAAACCAAGAUGAAAAAGGCCCAAUUGUCAUGAAUUAACAUGCUAGUUCAAAUUGGUGGUGAAAUAUUAGCAACGUUAUGCUCAAACGACUCCACGCAAAACCUUCUAAAAUUGGCUUUGAUCUUACCUUUUUGGAUUUUAGAAGGAUUUUAUAAUCCCGCGUUACGUUGCUAAUAUUUCACCAACAAUUUUCUAGCCAGCUGAAUUUUGGCAUGUGGACAGAUUUCAUGUUGCUCAUUCUGAAUGUCUCAGUCAAUCCCAUUCGUGAGGUCACACUUCUUUAUUCUGUGCGCUAUUAUCUCAGUUCUUGUCGAUGUGCAGUGUUUCGCCCCAUUUAAGGGAAUCCGGGACAAUCUUGGAUUCUGGAUUCCACGCUGUGGAUUGCGAAUUCCAGGUACUGGAUUCCAGUCUUUGUCAGUAGAACUUGGAUUCUGAAUUCCAAUCAUUGGUGCGAUUCCAGAUUCCUUGAACUGUAUUCCGGAUUCCAAAACCCAGGAUUGCGGAUUCCAGAAGCAAAAAUUUGCCGGAUUCCGGAUUCCCUCACAUGGGGCGAAAUGAUUGAUGUUUUGAGCUUAACCAACCACGAGGACGAUGUCAGUGGAAGGAAACUUCCUUCAAAAAUAAGCUUGCGUUCUUUCAAACUUUAUCGCGUUCAUAGUUCUCAGGACUGUCUCCCAGUUCCAAAUUGUCUUCUCUGUGUGUUUACGUUCUCCAUAAAAACAUCGCAGAAGGAAGUUUUACGUCGUAGUCGUGCAGUGGUCGUCAAUAUCGAAAUGUAUCAAACAAAAUGGCAUGCUCCUGCAGCUAUUGUUUUGGCUUUUAUAACCAUUUGUUUUUUCUCGUUCUCGUUGCCAUUGUUUUCUUGGUUGCCUAAGUUCCCCGAUAUCGAGGAUACUGCACUUAUACUCCUUUUCAAAAUUAAAGAUAUCUCAAGUCAAAAAUUGGCAAUUGACUCUAUUAUAACAUAUUAUGAAUGAAGCUUACUUUAGCAUGACACUGACAGGCUUAAAUAAUUUGCGUAGAAAGUUGCAGAUUAAUAGCUUUUUAAAGCUAAUUCGCCAUUUGUACAUCGCGCAUAAUACCCCUCGGUUUCCCUCCAAACAUUUUGCAUAAACUUUAUUUUUAAUUUCUCCUGACCAUUCGUCGCGUGUCAACAGAAAUUUAGCACAAUGCUUGAGCAAAAUCUUUGGGGGCAAACAAGGUGUAUUAUGGCGGAUGUGCAAAUGGCGAAUUAUCUGGUUUUGUCGUGUUCUAGCCAUUCUUUACACAAUCAGCAACAUUAAUUUCCUUCAUAUGCAAUUUUGGCAUUUUAGGCAGUACUUAUGGGCUCGGACUGGUGGUUGGCGCAGUGGUAAGUCAGUACUAACCUUGCAAUCCGAGAAUUCCACCAGUAAUAAGAACUUUCCAGUCAGAUCUGUUUUUUCCUAAAUAGUGUACAAGGUAGUGAUGGUUUUAAGUGAAAAUUUUGGGGAAAAGUCUUAUAGUUGAUUUUCAAAAUCACCGACCCGAAUGACUAGCUCUGACUGCUAGUAAGCACUGUUAGAGAAAUUCCUCGUAUUUGUGUGGUUUUUGGAUUGUUGUUUGUUUGUUAUCACUAAAGGAACAACCUAGAGUCUCUGUUCAACACCAGCAAAAAAAUCAAUAAAUGUAGCCCCGGCAGGAAAAUUGGCUCCUAGCUCGAAGCUAUGCUUGGGACUUAUGGUGAAUUUCCAAAUUGUUGUGCUUAUGGCACCUGUCGAUUAUGACGUUUUAAAGUCUUUCAACUCCAAAAGCGUUGCUAAUGAGCAAUUCAAGAAAAAUUCCAACUUACGUUUUUUGAAAUGAUCGCACUUUAACGGGGCUCAAACUUAAUUUGGGAUUGUUGUUGAUCAUGUUGACCGGGCAAAGUAAUUUUAGCUCGAUCACGUCUCUCUUCUGACCGGUCAAAAUGUUAAACAUAACACGAUAAUAACUUGAACGAACAAGCCUAACAAGAAAAAACAUAAAGUGAAAAAAGAUUCUUGUCAUUGGGUAAAAAUGUUGUUAUUUUCUGGUCACAUAUUUACGUGUCGGGUCAAAAUCAGUAGCAAACCGACAAUUUGUCCGGUCAAAUGGUCAUCUUGGCGGGACAUUGUCCUUUGACCGGCCUUUAUUUUGAGCUCUGCUUUGAUAUGUUUCUUAUGAACCUCAAAGGUUAUCGAAAUUGACUAUGUGAGUGAGUUUACAUGUAUUCAAAGUUGCUUUACUACGCGUUCUUUUGCAGGGCAGAUACAGAAGAAAGGCAGGCUUCUCUUUUAAGUAACUCAACUGAUAGUAAACACUCCACUGAGACGAGGCAACGCAAUAUUGGAGUUUACUGUGCGCUUGUCUUUGGGUCUUUUCUGUUAGCGUUUGCAGGUUCCGGAACGUUUUUGUAUGUCGCUGUAUCCGCGUCACAGAAAUUGCACAACCAGAUGUUUGAGAAACUCCUUGGAGCAACAAUAUACUUCUUUGAUACUAAUCCCGUUGGUAAGUAUUUGUAAAUGGCCUUGGGUAUGACCCUUUGUUGGGUGUUCCGUGGCGUAUCCAAAUCUACAAGUCUAAAACUUAGAGCAUUCUGUGUUAUUUGCACAGAAACCCUUAGGCGUACUUUGGUCAUCUUCCGUAAUUGGGAGACUGUGCGGAGAUUGUGACCGUAAUAGCGGCGUACGGAAGAAGUUUCCUUAAAACACGUUAGCAGUGUUACGUUUGUGCUCAUGUGCUGAGUAUGCAAAUUUUCAAUAAGCUGGCGUAUAGUAUGUGCAGUUCAGAUAUUCCAGCAAUCAGGCUUUACGAAGAAUCUGCCAAAACAGCGCUUAGAAGAAUUUUAUGUUUUCAUUUGAAUUAUCCUACACUAGAACCACAGACUCAAAAGUCAAACCUUCAUGAUGUGCCCCAUGAUGAACAUAAUUAUAGAAAAGAAGAGGCUCCACUCGUGAAUUUCAGUUGUCAAAUUCAUGUUUCCUAUCAGUUCAAUAGAUUCUACGCACAAUUCGAAAGUUAGAACCACAUUACUGUUUGAAUAGUUCUUAUUGGGCAUAACAUUUGCAGUAUCUUAACUUCGUUAGGUAGAGUUUUGAACCGGUUCUCUAAAGAUAUUGGUCAGAUGGACGACUUGCUACCUUACGCAUUUUACGAUUAUACUCGGGUAGGUGGUUUGAUUUCGCAUUUUUCUUUUCGGUCGUGUUUAAAGUGACAAUGGUUCAGUUUCGAAUAGAAACAAUAGACACAGUUGUAUACAGGUUUUCUUCGGACUGGAAUUUACCUGAGGUUGAGGCUAAGCCUGUGUAAAUGAGUCUUCAGUGCUUCUGUUAAGCGGCCACGACGAAUUUCAAACUGGACGUUUUUGGAAAAACCCUUUCAGUGAAAGGCCUUUUUUUCUUCACAAAAUUGGUGACUGUUCUUUUGUUUAGUGUCCGCAUUGUUUAGAAAUUGUCAUGUUAUUCACAAACUGUUUCUUUUUUUAAUUGCAGUUGAUGGUGUCGUCUUUUGCAAUUCUGUUGCUAAAUGUGGCAACCAUGCCAUAUCUCCUGGCCGCAGCUAUUCCCAUAGUAGCCUUCUUUCUUUUCAUACGAAAUUAUUACUUGAAGUCGGCGAGAGAGAUCAAACGCUUGGAAGCAAUGAGUAAGUGUCGAUACGCAGGGUUCGUACAGUCUUAAAUUCCUAAAAAAACGUCUUGACUGCAACAAGAAGCUAUGAGAGCGUAUCCUUAGGCGGACAACAAGGGCUUAUAUUUCGGGGAGAUAACGAGAGAGCGCGCGAGCGAGGGACAGGAAAUGCGAAAUCUCCCUGUCUUCCCCACCCUCCUCGUUCUCACGUCUCCAGAAAGGCGGAUAGCGCCCUUUCUUAUUAAUUGUUUUGAGGAAAACUGAGAAGAUGAGGAUGACAGAGCAUGAAAUCGUGGUACACAAAUGUAGAGGUACUCCUUGUUUACUCAGAAUGAAAUGGAAUCACAUCUGGCAUGAAGGAAAAGAACUGUAAUGCUGCCUUUGGGGAGCAAAAAAGUUGCAGUGAAACAAAAGAAAUGUAAUGGCUUUUGAGGCGGAGAAAGAUUGAAAUUGAGAUCUACCGCGAAUGUUUCUGUUGAGUUUUGAUAGAACAAAGUGACUUUUGCCCACAUCGACAUGCACUAUACGCGCGUCAAAUAUCAACGAACUGAAAAGAUGAUGAGAUUUUUUCGCAAAACAGGAGUAACCAUUUCCAAAUGUACUAUUCGCGCCAGCGAUUGCUCUUCUGUGGUUGGUUUUAAAAGUAGUAAUCCGCUACUGGGGAUUUUCAAUCCAAACCCUUGGAAUUCUACGACAAGAGACGAGUUUUUGCUGAUCUGCUUUCUAUUCUUUAUCAUUUUUCAGACCGCAACCCGUUCUACUCGCAUUUGUCUGCCAGUAUCCAAGGCCUCACCACUAUCCGAGCGUACACGGAAGAAGAAAGAUUUCGGCACCAAUUUCACGUGUACCAUGAUGAUCACACAGCUUCAUGGUUUCUUUUCAUGACAGCUUCAAGGUGGCUUGGCUCCAGGCUUGAUUUCAUCUGUUCUGUCUUUGUUACUUUUGCAGCAUUCACGCCUUUGCUUAUGGCAGAAGGAGGAAUAAGUACGUCUGUUUUAUGACGCGGACAAUUGACCCCAGUUUGCCAUCCCCCUAUUCAUUUUUAGAUCAGAGAUGACGUGAAUGAUUGAUGUCCCCUCUCAACUUCUUGUCAUGCGUGAUCUGGAACUACUUAAAGGAUGAGACGUAGGAUCUUUGUAUAAAUCACCAUUAAGGAACGACUGACUUGACUGCGAUUUGAAUUUCGGGUAUUGUUAAUGAUCUCGUCAUUUCCACGUUUACAAGACUGCUAUUGGUCGAGACCUUGCCUUCGCCCUGAAUAAAAUUCAGACUUUCUCAUAGCAAUAACCAUGUAGGUUUCGUGGGGAAUUUACGUCACGGUGUUCUUAAAAACCAGUAAUUGUAAAGCUACCACUGCUGCGAAGUGCUUUAUCUUUUGCAAGAAUUAUUGAAAAGUUUAAGAAAUAUUUCGAACACGGGAAGGCGUGUUAACUAAUUUCCCAUCACCGAGACGAGGGUAAAUGGACUCAGACGUUUUGCUUCGGCCAAAAUCCUCUGUUUUAAUCGUUAAAAUAAAAAAUCUUUAGCCCCGGCUACAUCUCGUUUGCUUGCCAGUGUCUCGCAUGUUGUUUUUUCGCGUAUUUUCAGUCUAGAACUACUAGGAACGAAAAUAUAACCAUCUUUUUUCCUAUUUACUAAAGGGAUGUCUGCUGGGCUUGUUGGCCUGUCCCUGACCUACGCCAAGGUAUUAACCGGAUCAUUUCAGUGGUGCAUACGACAAAGUGCAGAAGUUGAGAACCUGGUAUGUGGCAUUAAGUGUUUAUGAUAAUUUAACACUGCAAAGAUCUUAUUCAAAUCAUUUACUCGGUAAUAAAAUUGUUCCUUUUUGUGUCAGCUUUGACAUGGACAAGUGACAUAAACCCAGCACAAAAAGUCGGUCUCAUUCAGAGUCACCGCCCAAGAUAUCUACUUAUUUUGUUUCGAUUGAUAAACUGGCAAGAUUCUUUUGUCAACUUGAAAACACCAGGUGCAACAGUGUUGUUAGACUCUAAAAAACAUGGACAGCUAAACUGUCAAGUGGCUUUUAUCUUUCCAAUAGCUUCAUUCAUUAUUUUUCCCGAGAAAAUCGGGGCGCAAAACUCAGCCUUGUGUCAUCAUAUAUUUAUUUGUUUUCUUGUCGGUUAAGUUAUAGAAAAAAAACAAAGGCUCUGUCUUUCUUUACGUGAAAUAUAAGUUUCUUUCAGUUUCGUCCCGAAGCCAUUGACAGAUGACAUCACAUUUGAAAUCGCCGAGGACGAAUGGUGACGAGGCUGAGUUUAUCUAUAAAUUUUUUUGUUACUUUUGACAGUCGCCAGUGACUUAGUUAUUGUGUUUAUCGUGUAGAUGACAUCAGUAGAGCGUGUUAUGGAAUACACUAAACUGGAACAGGAAUCCCAACGUAAAGACAAGUCUGUUGCUGUGCCAGAUAGUUGGCCCAAGUACGGAAUAAUAACAUCAGAGGGCCUUUACUAUUCACAUCAUCACACUUUGCCUUAUGUGUUGAAGAAACUGAAUUUCUGCAUCAGGGCCAAAGAAAAGGUAAUAAGACCUUAAUGUUACCGUUCUGUACUGGAAUGAAAUAUACUCCGUCGUAAAGCGGUGCAGUGUAAUUGGCGUAUCUCACUGGAGGAUAAGUUCCAGUGGACCCGAAGUAAAGGAGCAGCACUAUCGAAAUACUUAUAAUGCAGCUGCCCCCAAAACCUUUUGCACAAGUGUUAUUUUCAGUUUCUCUUGUGCAGACUGUAAUACCCAGGAGAAAAUGAAAACAAUUCGAAAUUAGCGGGGUGGGGGGGAGGGGGGAUUGGGUUGGGUGUAGCAAACAACGUGAAUGAAUGAAGAGUCUUGGAUGAGAGGACAACAGACGUACCCUCUUACCAUACAUAUUAACAUGUGAACAGUACGUUCGGACGUCAGCAUACAAAGGCGCCAGUGGCAGCUGCCUUCAGUUCAUUUAUGAGCUUGCUGUACCCACCCAACCCAUGAUAUGAAUGGUGUGAUGUGUGAAGGCUGACCACAACACCGUGGCCUACGUCAUGCAAAGAAACUGGUGAAUACUCUCUGAAGGGGCCCUUUUUUAGUUGUAGGUUAAAUACAGGUCCAGUGCUUUUAUGAAAAUUAAUUGCUACUGGAUGGAUCUCUGUUUUUAACAGUUGAAAUGAAUUCAAAAUUAUUCGAUAUGAUAAGCUCUCUCUUUGAGUUCAAAUAAUUAAGAAUAAAACAACGAAAAAGAAUUUUACAAUCGGAGUGUCGUAAGAACCCAGUAGAUAACGUAACUUGCCACAAGUUUCCCACUGACUUAGUAGUUACAGUGCUUGACCCACACUUUGGUGGACAGGUCAAGGUUCUUCUCAAGCGCUUCCUCGCUGUUAUUUGUUUGUUUUUGCUCUUGCCUCAACUAUCGCCUCUUGGUCGUUAAGGGACUGCUUGUUAUGCAGGCUGGUGGCAAUGACUUAAACACAUUUGUUGUUUCCGCCACAAAAAUUCAAGUCCCCUUUUCACUGUUAUUCCAGGUUGGUGUUGUCGGUAGAACUGGAGCUGGAAAGUCGUCACUAAUGGCCGCCUUAUUCAGACUGGCAGAACCAGAAGGCAACAUUCGAAUAGACGCUGUGCCGAUUACAGACAUUUCUCUGAGUGACUUGAGAAGUAACCUUUCCAUCAUUCCUCAGGUAUAAUGUUGGACAUUGGUGGCAACUACGCAUCUUUUGCCUGUGAUCGUAACCUUUGGUUUGAACUAUGAAGACGUCAAUAAAUCGUAUUUAAAUGUAACAAAAAUUAGUAUCUAAGUACCAGUUAUAUUAUUUAAUGUCCACUGAAGUAAAAUUCUUUCACUGAGUGCUGUUAUCCUGGGAUCUAGUGUUUUAUUAAACUGUUAUUCUUUGGGACACGGGCAUAUGUUGUCUUCUUAAGCCUGUUACACACUAGCUAGGGAAUCAUUUUAGGGGACUGGGAGCGAGAAGAACAAGAACAGCAAGAACGAAUCCCCUCGGUUGACACCCUUUUUAUGACAAAAAUGUAAUUUCUUUAGAAGGUUAUCCAAUGAGGCACUUGUUAUACUCGCGGGGGAAUAAACUGUCUGGUUCAAGAAGCUUUCACCUCCAAAUGCAAAUGACACUGAACCAAGUUGAAUUGUGAAGGGGGCUAGGAAAGUAUCGUCUGGCCAUAUAAUGAGACGCCUGCGCAGAAGGUUUAGCUGAUGUCUUUUUUUAUCCUUUUUAGGACCCAGUUCUCUUCAGUGGAAGUGUUAGAAAAAAUUUAGAUCCUUUCAAUCAGUAUGGGGACUCGGAGUUGUGGAACGCCUUGGAAGAGGUUCGUUAGUAGGAAUGAUAACACAUUGUUGUGUAAUUUUACAAAUAAUACCCUAUGCUGUACACCUUUGUUUGAUUUUGUUAUUAAGGUUUGAAUAAAGAUCUCUAUUCGUAGUGAAAAGAAACAGUGCCGUUAGAAACGAAAAUAUAUACAGAAGAAAAGUAGGAGUGGUUAUUUUGCAAGAAAGUCUACUUUACCAUUUUAGAAACUAAUCCCUUCCCUUUGUUUUUUUUUUUUCUUGGGGUGGGGGUGGGGGGCGACACCUUUAAUUCAAGCUAUUGUAUUUCUCACGUUAUGUUCUAUCUCGUCUAAUCUUCAGGUACAACUCAAGGAAACUGUAUCAGAGUUGCCGGAUGGCCUGGAAACUAAACUUACUGAGGGAGGCUCAAAUUUCAGCGUGGGUCAGCGGCAACUCGUGUGCCUAGCACGCGCUAUCCUGAAACACAACAAAAUAUUAGUCAUUGACGAAGCAACGGCAAACGUCGAUCUUAGGUAAUAAUAUAUAGCACGACUACUUGGUAAUACUCUGUUUUUAACACAUAGUAAACAAUUGUUGUCGGUUGGCAGCGUGAAGAUCUGUAGAUUUGAUAACUCUGUCAUGUCAUUUCAUCUUUAUUUCAGUACGGAUGCAUUAAUUCAGGAGACAAUACGAAGCAAGUUUCAGCGUUGUACUGUCCUGACUAUUGCCCAUCGUCUGAAUACGAUCAUGGACUCAGACAGAGUAAUGGUAAAAAUUACAUCUUCGCUUUUUCAUUUAUAUACUGUGACUGUUCUUUCUUAACCAUUCCACCUUCACUUCACUCCACCCUAGUAGUUUAUCAUUUUAGUGAACUUUACUCGAUUGUAUUCCACCCAACUUUUUCAUGUUCUAGGUUACCUGUACUUCUUCCUUCUUUCUACUCGUUGUGUCUUUAAUCCACAGUCUCUACCGUCCUAUUAGACUGCCACAUCAAUCCCUACUGUACCCUACCCAACCUUAUUCUUUUCUACCCCUUUCCCCCCCACCCCACCAUACCCUCUAACGUGUACCCCACAUUAACUCCCUACUGUGUCCAAUACACUAUAGUAUUCCUUAUCCUACUCUACCAGAGCUCCACCCGUUUCGUAUUUCACCCUACCCUCCCGAUACUACCCUGCCUUACCUUACGACAACUAAUAAGAUCCCCCCAUACACACACACGUACUUUACCAUCCCCUUCCCUCCCCUCCCUACCCUCCCUACCCUCCCUACCCUUUUCCUACUCCACUUGACGCAAUGUUUGCGUCAUAAUUUUUACCGUUUUUAUUUAGUUAAUUGAAUAUCACCUUGGAAACAUACUUUUCCUUAAAUUUACAGGUGCUGGAUGAGGGAAAGCUUGUGGAAUUUGACGAACCUUACCUCUUACUCCGAAAUGAAGAGAGCAUAUUUUCCCAAAUGGUAGAACACACCAGCAGACAAUUGGCAUCAAAUCUUUACGAUGUGGCACGGGAGGCUUACUUCGCCAGACACGAAAUCACGGAUGACUCUGAGGUGGACGUGAUACCAAGAUACAUGAAUGGCGACGUAACACCCUUGCAAGAACAGAGACCGAACGACGACGACUCGGACGAUUUUCCCUCACCAAGAUUUAGGCGAAGCUCGUCCAUAGAGAAGGAAAGGCUGUUAUUUGAAUCCACCGUUUAAUCACUCUCCGUGCCAGAGUAAAGUGUGGUAACGUAGUCAAACUACCUGAGCUGAUGUUUGAUUUGGUCGACAAAACCUCGUCAGCAGCAGUCUUCGGGGGAAGUCUUUGUGUUUCAGUAUUUUGUAAGGUGAAAUUUAUGACUGAACUUUGUUUUUAAAGUUCUUUGGCUAGAGAAAGUGCGUAAAUGCCGUGAUGCCCUAGCAUAUCGUGCUCCUUUUCAAAAGACAAUAGGGAGUUUACGUAACGACGACGGCGACGGCUACGGAAACGUCACUUGAAAAGUGAAUUUGCGCUGCCUCAAACUUUAUCGCGCUUAUUCCGUCUAGUUUAAUUCGUCAAAUUUGGAGUUGAAUUCUAAAGGACUGCGUCAAAGUUCAGGAAAAGAAAAAGAAAGUUGUUGUCUUUGUUCCCGUCCUCGACAAAAAGUGAAAUUAGGCAGUUUCACGUUGUAGUCGUGCAACGACGGCAGAGAAAUGUACAAAAAAGCGUGAUGCACGUGCAAAGUUUGUUUUGUUUUGUUUGUUAGUGCUAGGUCAGCAGAACCAACGAUCUCUGGUUUGCGGCUUACCUACUCAAGGCGGUAUAAACUGAUAUCUUAGUUUUCUUGUCCACAUUGAAAUGUUAUUCACAAACAUUACUUAUGUGGUCUUAUAUUUAAAUUUGGGAAUCCAACCUGCACGGUUUUCAUUGAUAGGUAAGCUUGUUAUUUAUUUA